AAAUAUGCACACAAACAAUCCCUCCUUCACACGGACUGGACUAAACUGGUUGCCCUACGAACGGGAACUGUCAACCAUGCUAAAUUCCUCUUGCCAGAGAGCAUACACGCAAUCCAAAGCCUUUUUCUAUACCUCUGCCAACAAAUGCUACGCCUUGUUGGCUCGCAUUAUCACAAAAAAAAGGACGACCUUUACUCUCUUCUUACACCCGCGCAGUCGCAUACAG